GAUAAGGUGGAGUCACCCGGGCUGACGUCACUCGCGCUCUGAAAAUGGCCGAGUCGGAAGAGGAGGUGGAUGUGUUGGUCCAGAGAGUUGUGAAAGACAUCAAUAACGCCUUCAAAAGGAACCCCAACAUUGAUGAGAUCGGACUCGUUCCCUGCCCGGAGGCCAGAUACAACAGAAGCCCCAUCGUCCUGGUGGCGAAUAAGCUGGGAGUGGAGAGCUGGUGUGUCAAGUUUCUCUUGCCCUAUGUGCAUAAUAAACUCCUGCUCUACCGGCAGAGGAAGCAAUGGUUAGACCGGGAAGCACUGGUAGAUAUAACCUGCACGUUGCUUCUCUUAAAUCCAGACUUUACCACUGCUUGGAAUGUCAGGAAAGAGCUCCUGCAGUGUGGUGUGUUAAAUCCUGAGAAGGACCUCUACCUGGGCAAACUAGCCCUAACAAAGCACCCGAAAAGCCCAGAAACAUGGAUCCACAGGCGAUGGGUGUUGCAGUGGCUAGAGAAGGAGUGUUCUCCCUCUGGAUCCAGGGGAGACGCUGAAAGGAGGCAAUGCGAGCGGCUGCAGAGAGCCUUGCAGGAAGAGAUGAGGGUCUGCGGAGAUGCAGCCAGCCGUUACCCUAGCAACUACAAUGCCUGGUCCCAUCGCAUCUGGGUGUUGCAGCAUAUGGCUAAAGGCAAUCUGAAGAUUCUGCACGAUGAGCUGUCCUCCACCAGGCUCUGGGUGUCCAUGCACGUCUCCGAUCACAGCGGCUUCCACUACCGUCAGCACCUGCUGAAGACCCUGGCCAGAGAGCUGAGCCAGGUUGGAGAGAGGGACCAGCAGGCCAACAGAGAGGGCACGGCAACCGCGUCUGACGAUCGUCCCCAUAGCGAUGUCAUCCCCCAGCUCUUCCAUGAAGAGAUGGAGCUCUGCACAGACCUCAUCGAGUCGUAUCAGGGGCACGAGGCACUGUGGUGCCACAGGCGUCAUGUCUUCUACUUGUGGCAUCAGUGGAGGAAGGAUCUGGGGGUGCACUCACAUUCCCCACCUCUUACCCACACUGACGUUCUCCUCAGCGAGGAGACCUGUGACAACGGCAGUGCCUCCCAGGCCAUGGACAUUGACUGCGUUCUAGAUGGGGGCAAACACGGAAGCUACACGCAGGACAGCAAGCGACUAAAGCGGGGUCCCCUCUUUCCCUACUCUGGACUUUCCUCCGAGCACACGUUCGUGUCUAGAAUCCUCACAGGCUGCCGAAGCCCCGAGCAAAGCCGCUUUGCCGUUGCCUACAGAAAGUGGCUGGACUCUGUUAUAGGUCAGUAGCGUGAGGAACACUCCGCCCACCAUGAGGUGGGAGAGCUGUGAUAGGUCAAUUUAUUUCUGGCUCCAACCACCCACGUCCUGGUCUCUGAAAUGGCUGGACUCCAUGGCUGGUUUGUUAGAGGCGCUCUGCUGGAGUAAAUUCCACCUCGUGAUGAAAACCCAUGACCGGUCUUUUAGUUCAGGUACUGGAUAUCUCAGGUCUGUGUAUUAUCUUACGGUCCUUACGACUGUUUUCUUUGUGUUUUUUUUUUUUUAUAUCAUUUAAAGUCUUCCACGACAAAACAAUUACAGUGUGUACUCGUCAUGCUGUCUGCAGUUUUAUGAUUCCUGUCGGGAGUCUUAAAUGCACGCUGUGGUGCGCACUAAGGAGAGCACUUAGAGCCCAAUGUGAUUCUGACCCAGUUUCCCUCUUUUGUUUAAUUGAGGCCAGACUGGCUCUGAAUCGUGCGUACGAUUUCCUCUCUGAACUUUUAUACUGACGCAUGGACAUUUUACUACAAAUAUCUAGAUGAUUUGCUACAAUUGGUAACGUGAGCACAAUCACUGAACUAAGGAUUCUUAGAGCCAUUGGAUAAGAAAAUUUAGAGCUGAAGACAGAUCUUUUCAUGAGACUUUUAAAUGAAUCGAACCAAUGAAAAAUUUGUAGGUGAAUAGGCUUUUUGUAUUGUGAUAAAACAAUAUGACACCCGUAGCGAGAUCAGUCUUUCAUCCGUUCAUGGCGAUUAUUUGUGGAUGUUUAGGAAUAAAUAAAUGCUCCUCAAGCACAUUCAUCAUUCAUUUCAGUAGCGAAGGGCAAGCGAAGCGAUCGUAAAUAAAAGUGAAGCAUAUCUCAGCUUUUAAGCACAACUUUGGUUUAGCGUUCAUCCAGGUGGUCUCGCAGAUGCGUGGGUUUUCAUGAUGAAAGGGAAUUUCCGAAGCAAGAGUCGUUCUUAUUCUCAGCUUGGCCCAAUCGUGGCUGAAGAAACAACAAGCUGCCAUGUUCAUGGCCAUCUGGUGCAGAAUGGUGCUUUUUCUCUGCACUGGGGAACUGGGUUUACAAAUGCUGCUUUUUGUUUAACACUAUUUUUAAUUUAUAUUUAUGCAAAUUGGACAGUAAUAUGUUGUUAGCUUCACUUAUGUCAUGAUUUAUGAUAGCUAAUAAGCUAUUAAGACAGUUAUGGUUGACUCGCUGUUACUCAUAAUUAUUAACUUGUAAUAAACUUUCAAGUUUUACAGGCUUCAUUUGGCAUUGACAAAUUAAUUCAUUCACAACUUAUUUAUAAGGUGUUAAAAUUCACAUAGAUUAUAGUGUGCUCUUAAAUCAGGAAAUUCCUGUUUUAUAUAUGCAACUAUUUUAGUUAGAUAAGUUUCAACAGUGUAGCAGAACUUAUAAGUCCAUGUCUUAGUAUAUCUACAAGACUUGUAGAAUUCAAUCUUAAGUUUCACUUUAUACGUGUAUUAUUGUCCUUCGUUUUUUGCACAAGCACUAGAUUUAUGAAACUAUUUCAGUAAUAUGAAUUCUAGUGCGACUGAUAGACUAUAUCCAGUACAGUUUCAGAGUAGAUCUCUCUGCAAUGCUUAGGUUUUUGAGGUGCAGUCGCAGAAUGGGGUGUGUUAUUUUUUUAUUAGACUUCUUUAAAAUAUAAAUCCAGCUUUUUCCCCCGGCAUUCCUCUGUAUAGACAAAAUAUAAGUAAACUGACAGCUUUUAAACAAUUAUCACUAGUACAUGCAAAUGUGUGUACUUGUUUAAGAUGGCAUCAUUGCAAAGUUUUAGCAUCUUUUUCCCUCCAUCUGCUGUUAAACUGAUUCAGAUAGAGGCCGAAAAAUAAAACUGGAAUGAAUGUUUAGAGCAAAGAAUUCCUUGUAAAAUUGGUCUUUUGGUGCUCACUUUUUUAAAUGUGUGCAUAUAUAUUCGAUAAAAACAUUUGCUAAUGUUAUUCCCGUAUCCAUGAUAUGCCUCUUUGAUCAUCUGUUUGCAUGUUUAUUACAUUUUACUGUAUUGUCAAAAUAGGGAUCAAGCUCAUGUUGUUAUUGUAUUUGAUUUGCUUUUUCAUGACUCAUACACGCAGAAAGUAGCAAGCAAUGCUUGUAGUAAGAAUCCUUAUUUUAUCUGUUAACUAAAUCAGACGGUUUUACCAGAUAUUUGGAUUAAUAGCUGCUUGGUUUCAACAUAGGCGGCUUAAAGGUGUCAUUGGAUAUAGGAAGCAGUGUUUCUCUCAAGUCAAUUUUCUUUCUUGUGAAAGGUCAUGUUUCGUGUGAAACCAAAAGUUUCACAGUACAGCAAAAAUAAGGAACUUAAAAACUGGUACGUCAAUGCAGAAGCGUCUUACAGUCCAUUAAGCUUUAGCUAGAAAGAACAAAUGACAUUGUUUUCAUGUAUUGAUAAAAUGAUUAGGUACUGUAGCUUUCUACAGCCACAAUAACCAAUAGCAUCCUAUAUAUUAUGUAUUUAUAUCUAUUUGUAUUAAAAUAAAAACUGUAUUGAGCGUAGCAGUUUUUCAAUCGCUACCACAUGAAAUAAAGCAUCGGUGAAAAAGGUCCAUCUCAUUUUUAUUUCUUCAUUUUGCACUCAUGGCCAUUGUGUUCUGUUGAUGUUUUAACAGUGUCGUGCGUUUUAGUGAUUUGGGAAGGAUUCUCAGGAGAACGACAGCUUUAUCAGCAAUGUGGUCAGAACACCUAAACAAAGACUACGUACAAAAUAUGUAGCUUAAACUUCAAAACCCAUUUUAAUAAUAAUGUUUAUUCAUUCCUUUUUUUGUUCUCUUUCUCGCGUGAGAGGCUUUGUGGUCAUUUUGUGACCAGUGUACUUGUUUUACCUCGUGCCAUUGUGCUUUUUGCUCUUCAUUUGCUGAAAGGGCUCUGGCAAAAAAUGACACUAGAUUGCAUCAAUAUGCACCAAAAAAUCUCUUGGUAAUGUUUACCA